AUGGAAUCAAUAGUGCUGCACUCAGAUAUAGCGCGCUUGGUGCUGGGCUACCUGGUGAACAAUGAACUGACGCGCGCAGCGCUAUCGCUGUGUCGCAGCUCACCAUAUUUGCAACAGGAGUUUGUGGCACUUAAACAAGGAUUACAGCCACAUAAUUUCCUGAAUGGCGGCCUGGAAGAGAUUAUACGUGAACAUGUGAAAAUUACCGGCGUGGUGGAUGCGGCGCUGCAGCGACUGCCGACAAUAACGCGUCAGCGUUUGCAGCAGCUAAAGCUGGCAGAGCGAGUAAGUGAGCUGCUAAAGCUGGAAAAAACUUGUGAAGAAACCGAGGACGGCGCUAAGCAGCGCAAGCGACGCAGAGCGGGCUCAGAGCAGCAUCAGGAGCAGCGUAUGAGCUCUGCCUCACCAGCAGGCAAACGUCCACGUUUGGUGCCAUAUUUGCAUUGCAGCUUAAAACGUGUUCCCAACAAGAAGCAGCCAUUGCUGGACAGCAGCACUGAUAGUGGGCAUACGGAUGAGGAUGAGCUGCUGUUUGCAGCAGAGGCACCUCAAGAUAAUUCUACGCCGCGCAGUGGACCGAAGCAAAAUGAGCUGGAGCAGCUAGAAGAGGAGCUAACGGCGGAGCAAGCAUUAUUGCUGCCACAGCCUAUGCCAGAGCUGACACAGAUUAUCAUUAAUAAUGAAGAAUUCCAAGAAAAGCUGCUAAAUAAUAUAAAUGUUGCAUUGCAAUCUAUGACGGUCCACGCGCCCAAUGCAGAGUCUGUUAACUCUGAGGCAGUACUGGAUAGUCUGGUAAAGAAUAUUCUGGAGGCAACAGAAAAAGAACCCAGUUUUGAAUGCAUCUUAAAAGAAGUAGUGCAAAUAGAGACAGCGGAGGACCAGAUAGAAGAGCAGCAGCAACCAACUGAACUGCAGCAACCAGUUGCACAGCCGCAGUCGGCUGAACAGCAGCAACCAGCUAAACUGCCGCCACAGACGCCACUGAUAAAACCCAGUUUAGCAAGUGCGAACACACCGGGACCACUGCUAGAUCCCAAUUUUAGUAUUUCCAAGCUUAUAGUCUUAAAUACCAACGAGAGCGCACAAAAGAAUCCCAGUAUAAGCUUUAGUGACCAGUUGAUAAGCUUCACGGAAAAUGAGUGCGCCCAGCAGAUUUGCCUGGACACCGCCAACGGACAAUUGUCGCUGCCCAUGCCUAUGUAUGUGUCCAAUGAAGCAAUGCUCUCCCAGCUGCCAUUUUUGCUGAACAAUGAAUGGUUGGCGCAACAGCUGCGCGCAGAGACCUUGUCGGAUCCCAAUGCUUCACACAUAGAGAUACCCUUGCCGGAGCCCAUAACGUUAACUGUGAAUCAGCUGCCAGCGAAUUCGAUUAUCAUUAACAGUGCACAAAAGGAGCCGCCGGUGGAGCUUAUAGCCGAAAAGGAACGUUCUGCUGGCAAGGUGGCAACAGUACCUCUGCCCGUGCCAGUCUCCUUGGACUCCUCACGUGUAGUACUCGAGCGUGUUACGCCCUCUACCGCGGGCAUUGUCAACGUCAAAGCAUUUCGUAGUCUGUCCACGCCUAGAAAACGUCAUUCCCAUGUGCGCACGCUUAACUUUUCACCAAAGGCAACGCCCCUGAGCAGCAAGCGUGUGCCCGUAAUUGCGGCCAGAUCUAGCAAGAAGAAGCAGCAGCAGCAGCCACCGCCGCCGCCAGCCCAAGUCUUAACCAGCUUGGAGGCUAACGAUAGCAAUGGCUCUGUGCCGCCGCUAUUUGUUAUGGAGGAGUGCAGCAAUCAGACAGUCAUAAGCAAGCCGACGGAGCAAGUGGUGUCGGAACAACAGAUGGCUGCGACACCUAAGCGCAAGCAGCAGCGACGCCGCCAAACUGCGAAGCGCAUAUUAGAAACGGACCAGCCAGCGUCUGCCAGCAAGGAGCAGCUGGAUGACAGCAAGGAAAAUAAGCAGGAGCACGCUGUCGCGUUAGAGGUGCAGGAGGAAGAUCUAAUGGCUGCUUGGCAGCGUCAGCUGCAUUGCAAUACUCAAGAUCUGGAGCAGCGUUUGCGCGCUCUUAAUGCCCAAAGUCAGCCGUUGGAGUCCAAGGGCCGUGUACGUCGUCGCAAGCCGCGUGCCAAGACUUUAGCCAGGCAAAAGAAAACCAAGGCUCAGCUCAAGUACAUGCCAGAGCUGGACAAGAUUAGCAUUAAGCUACCAACGCCGCAUAAGUCAAAGAUUGAACCGCCCAAAGAGGAGCCUCCCAAGGCGCCCAACAUGGCAAUGCUACUGGAGACGCCCUUCAAGGAGCCGCUGGCCGAUAUACCGCCUACGCCGGCGGCAGUAGCAGCGCUGCUGCCCACCAUGGACACACCAGCCACCAAGCUGCUGCCUUUGGCCAAUUAUCUCUUUGGCAGCGACACCAAAAGCAUACUGGACACACCCAUGCUGACAGCUAUAACGCCCGGCGUAAACGUGCGUCUAUGCAACUCUGCUGCCAAGACAGAUUACAGUAGCGGCAGCUCCUAUUAUCGCCCCGAUGAGGCAGAGCCCACGCCAUUGAAGCUUAGCGAGCUGGCUCUGCCGGCAGAGCGUCUGGCCGUGGAACCGCUGGUGCUGCGUCGUGUGCGUAGCUUUGGCUGCGAGGCCGUGGACAGUACAGAGGCAGCCCAAGAGCAAGCGCAGGCGCAACUUCCAGCAGCAGAACAGCCGCACUACAAGCUAGUGGCGGGCUUGCCGGAUGCAGUGGUGGAUAGCAGCAGCACCACCAGCUCCAGCUCAAGCAGCAGCAACAGCACUACCACCACUAGCUCCUCCAGCAGCAGCAGCAGUAGCUCCUCCAGCAGCAGCAGCAGCGCUGCAUCGGUAGCAGAACCGGUCGCAAAGCCUGUACCGCUGGAAAUGCUCCAGCAACACUUGUCGGACAUAAGCAGCACGGAAGAUGAGGAAUGGUUGAAAGCAGCAGCACGGGAUGCGCAGCCUUUGGCCAUAGACAGCGAACCGACGCAGUUGGUCAGCCAAGAUGGCGAGGUGCGUUAUCCGUUGCGCAAUUGGUUAACACCCAGCAAAGAGUCCGCCACAGCACCACAGCCGCAGCCACCGCCGACGCCAGCUCCUGUUGCAGUGCCGCAGCCCAGCGUGGACCAGCGCCGGCAGCAGCUGGCGGAGGUGCGUGAACGCGUCAAGGCCAAAGUGAAGCAGGAGCCCGUACCAAAGCCACGCGCACGUAAACCUACAAAGCAGAUAAAGAAGCUACGCGCUACUGUUGUCACCGCAAAGAUUCAAGCCCCAGCUACAGCUACAGCUACAGCCAAAGCUACAGCUCCAGCCCCAGUACCAGCCACAGCCAUAGAGACGUCAUUGGUGCAGCCAGCUCUGCUUGCGGCGCUGAAUCUUAGCGCCAAGAAGCAAUCACCAGUAGUAGUAGUAGCAGCAACUGCUACUUCCACUACAGCACCAAUUCCCCCCAAGCCUGCUCGCGCUGCAGUGCAAAUAAAAGCGCAACCGGCGCCUGGCGCUCGUCGUGGUCGUCCCAAGAAUACAACGCAGCCGGCACAAGCGCGCGGCGGCAUGCGACGUUCCAGUCGUAUUAUCGAUAGCAAACCGCCCAACGUCAGUGCACAGAGCAAUGGUCCCAGCGAUAAGCCAGCCAAGAAGCCUGCCAAGAAACGCGCCGAGGCGCGACUACCAGCCGUAGCAGAGCCAGCAGCAGUUCCAGCUCCCGUUGCUGCCCCCUCGCUUCUACCUACACCCAAGCCCAUGGCCUCGCCUAAUCCCAGCUUUGAGCUUGACAUGUGCCUUACCAGCUGUCAUGUGGGCAAAACCUUUAGCUUUGCAUGUGCCGAUGAUGGUAAAAAGCCCGCGCAACCUGUGGCAGCCCAAUCCGCCGCCUACUUUGAACGUUUCCAAAUGCGCGUAAUUAUGGACAAUGAGGUGCACAUGAUGCGCAUAACGCCAACGCAAGUGCUGCAUCAGUCGCUGCCAGCGCUCGAGGAGAGCUUGAGCAAUAUACGCAACAUACCCAAGAAACGCAUUGUGCGUUAUUCAAGCAGCUCCAAGGACGGCAAGGAGCAGGCCAAAGAAGCUAAGGAGCCAGUGCAGAAGCAAAAGCCCAUGGCAGCUUCUACGCCGCUGAACAAAAGCGAGAAACAGCAGCAGCAAUUGCCUGAAGGCCAAACUCCAGCCAAGAACGACGAGCAGCCACUAGAAGCACAGGAUACGGAUGUACAAAUAGAGGAUAUAGAAUCGAUACUAUCGCAUUUGCAUGGCAACUCAGUCAAUGCCAAUUAAUU